GGUGCCAGCGGCCCUGCUCCGCCCGGCCUGCUCGGCCCGGGGGCUUCGGCUGUCGGGCCGGAGCUCUCUUUUUGGUGGGUCGGUCCCGCGGCUCCUCGGGGACACCAUGAAGUCCCCGGUUGCAGACCUGGCCCCGACCGACGGCGAGGAGGGCUCAGACCGCACGCCUCUCCUGCAGCGCGCUCCGCGGGCGGAAGCCGCUCCAGUGUGCUGCUCUGCUCGUUACAACCUUGCGUUUUUGGCCUUUUGUGGUUUCUUCGUUCUCUAUGCAUUGCGGGUGAAUCUGAGUGUGGCGUUAGUGGACAUGGUAGAUUCAAACUCAACGGCAGCAGAUAACAGAACUUCCAGCGAGUGUGCAGAGCAUUCUGCUCCCAUAAAAGUUCUUCACAACCAAACGGGUAAAAGGUACCAGUGGGAUGCAGAAACUCAAGGAUGGAUUCUUGGGUCUUUCUUUUAUGGCUACAUCAUCACACAGAUUCCCGGAGGAUACAUGGCCAGCAGAGUCGGGGGGAAGCUGCUGCUGGGAUUCGGGAUCCUGGGCACCGCCGUCUUCACCCUGUUCACCCCCCUCGCUGCCGAUCUCGGAGUUGGAGCCCUCGUCGCCCUCAGGGCGCUGGAGGGACUUGGAGAGGGUGUCACAUUCCCAGCCAUGCACUCCAUGUGGUCGUCCUGGGCACCCCCCCUCGAGAGAAGCAAGCUUCUCAGCAUUUCAUACGCAGGAGCACAGCUUGGGACAGUAGUUUCUCUUCCUCUUUCUGGUAUAAUCUGCUUCUAUAUGAAUUGGACGUACGUCUUCUACCUUUUUGGUAUUGUUGGAAUCAUUUGGUUUAUUUUAUGGAUCUGGUUAGUUACUGAUACACCAGAAACUCACAAGACAAUCUCCCCCUAUGAACAGGAGUACAUUCUUUCAUCAUUGAAAAAUCAGCUCUCGUCUCAGAAGUCAGUGCCGUGGAUCCCCGUGCUAAAGUCACUGCCACUGUGGGCUAUUGUGGUUGCACAUUUUUCUUACAACUGGACUUUUUAUACUUUAUUGACAUUAUUGCCUACUUACAUGAAGGAGGUCCUAAGGUUCAAUAUUCAAGAGAAUGGGGUUUUAUCUGCAGUCCCUUAUUUCGGCUGUUGGUUAUGUAUGAUCCUGUCUGGCCAAGCCGCCGACAACUUACGGGCAAAGUGGAAUUUUUCAACUCUGUGUGUUCGGAGACUUUUUACCCUUAUAGGGAUGAUUGGCCCCGCGGUAUUCCUGGUAGCUGCUGGAUUUAUAGGCUGUGACUAUUCCUUGGCCGUCGCGUUCCUGACCAUAUCGACAACCCUGGGAGGCUUUUGCUCCUCCGGAUUCAGCAUCAACCACCUGGACAUCGCACCCUCGUACGCUGGUGUCCUCCUGGGCAUCACAAACACAUUUGCCACCGUCCCUGGGAUGGUCGGGCCCAUCAUCGCCAGAAGUCUGACCCCUGAGAACACUAUCAGAGAAUGGCAAACAGUUUUCUGCAUCGCUGCUGCUAUUAAUGUAUUUGGUGCCAUUUUCUUCACACUGUUUGCCAAAGGUGAAGUACAGACCUGGGCUGUCAGUGAUCACCGUGGACACAAAACCGAAGGAACCAAUAAAUAAUCCUGUCUCCUUUCAUGUAUUUUUGUUCAUCAUGUAACCUAAAAGUGCCUUUGAUAUUUUAAUGUGUAAGCAAUCUAUAUACAAAGAAAAAAUUGUACUGUAUUAAAUUUUUAAGGCUGUAAUCAUGAAAUGUCACUAGUUGUCAGAUUAGUAAAGUUAGCAAUUUUUAAUUAUUAAUAACGUGUUGGCUGGAACUUGCACUUUAGGGUCACAUACCUGGCUGCGGGUCAGGCCACCUGAAGUCAGGCAGUCCUGUUUAUUUUUAAGGACUAUACUUAAAGGGAUGAGCUGAAAUGGACCCUCUAUUCCUUUGCUUAAUGAAACUAGAUAAUAAUUCUCAGGUCUUGGCAAACACCCACUUUUGUUCACAUUCCUCACAAAAAUUACUGGUCGUCAGCGACCCCUGUCAUUUGAGCAUCUCCACAGAGCUGCCAGCCACGGGUUCGCUCGGCCCGGCGACUGCGCAGAGAGCGGCACGCCCUCCGGGGCCGCAGGGGCGGCGUCCAGGGCCGGGGCUGACGCCACGGCUUUGGAUGGUGUUCUCCCCCGGGGGCUGUCAGGGUGGACGAGGCCCCGGGCCGGCCGGGAGCAGCUCGGUCCACAGCCACAGCCUCCGCGCGCCCUCACGCUUCCCCUUCCCAGCACACUGGUUGUCGCCUGGUGUGUAACCUGUAGAGACAGGGUGAUACCCAGUUAGCCAGAAAUAACGUCGCCCUUGAUCAGACUGGCUGUCACGUAGAUCAGAGGCUACGUUCUCAAGUCCUGUGUUCUACGAGCUACACCAGAAUAAGUUUAAAAAAAAAAAAACACAGUUUCUUCUGUCUUACAUGUAAGUGUCUGAUUGUUGUUCAGGAUUAAAGUGAUGUUGACUUCCACGUCGCCUGUAACCAGUGGUGUAAUCAUCUUUUUGUCCGGUUUUUUUUCCUGGAUCGUCCGUAUUCCAGUGGUUUUGAGCACACUUUUGUGGGCAUUUAUGUGAUUUAGAACUUGAUUUAUGUUUCAUUGUGUUUGUUCAACACUACCUGUAACAGGUUAACUAAAGCUAUUUAAUGUAACAUGAUGUGUAUACAUUUCUAUAAAUUUAUUUUUAAAUCUGUAAAUAGCUUUACGUUGCUAUGGUGAUAUUUCUUUUAUAAAUCAUCACAAUAAACCUUGUUGGAUCGAU